GACAAUCUUAAAGAGGAUUCCUGGGGGCAUCAUGGUGACAGCAGCGGAAGCAGCGGCUGCUGAAGUAUCCCACAGCUCAACUCGGAGUGUUGGAGAUGAACGCUCAAAAGGCAGUCAGGCAGAUGACAAGAAACGCUCACGCCGAACACGGAAGCGACCCGGUCGUAAGGCAAAAGAAAACAAGCCACGCACAAAGAUUGUCGUUCGCAGAUUACCUCCUCAUCUUCCCGAAGAGAUCUUCAAGACGACCGUUGACAAAUGGCUGGGUGAGACGGAUUGGUGGACUUUUGUUGCAGGAAAGAUUGCCACAAGCCAAGCCAAGAUCAGCGUGUUCUCUCGAGCAUAUCUCAACUUUAAAAACAUCGAUGCUCUUCUUGAUUUCUGUCGUACAUACAAUGGUCAUCUCUUUGUAGAUUCCAAAGGAGUUGAGCAUCGGGCUGUGGUUGAAUUUGCCCCUUUCCAGCGUAUUCCAAAGAGUAAGAAGAAGCCUGACCCGAGAAUGAAUACGAUCGAACAAGACCCAGAUUUUCUGGCAUUUCUCAAAAGUCUCGAAGAAGACAACGAAGCAAAGGCUGCAGCAUCUAGUGUAGCCACUGGAGAAACACAGCUGGAAAAAUUGGAAAGAACGUUGUUGGCGGAUCAAGUGGCGAAGGAGCAAGGCGUUGCGCACUCAACCGUCACCUCGAUAGUAACAGCAAGCUCAUCCCAACUCGCAGGACCCGAUAAACCAAAGUCGACUCCUCUGCUCGAUGCACUUCGCGCAAAGAAGGCAGCGUCACGCGCUGAGGGAAGUAAACAAACAAAAGCAGUCACAGAUGCAAAAGGCAAAGAAUCACGACGAUCGGAAAAGAAGAAAUCCUCCUCAAAGUCCAAGGAAGGUGGCAAGUCCGGAAGUACCUCUGGCAUGACAAAGAGUGUCGUCCCAACUGGAAUAGUCAAACGAUCUUCAUCACCCGUUGGAAAGAAGUCUGCAACUACUCCGUCUGCAUCUGGCGCUUCUUCCAAGGAGGCUACGGACGUGACACCUAAAGCUGAACAACGGCGAAGUCGCCUUGCUCCCACCGGGGGAUUAUUCAAGGCUUCAUUGGGUGCUGUGCUCGGAGCCAAAGAGACCAAGCGACCGCGGGGGAGUGCUCGAAAGCAAAAAGCGGAUGAAGACUCUCAAAACGAUGCCUCCGCUAGUGGGGAUACGGCGCCAGAAGCUAGAGCUAGCAAUGGACCUGGUUUACAGGAGAGGGAGGAAAGUAAAGGGAGAGGGUAUCGUCAGAAACGUCGAACGCGACUCGAAGGCGAUCUCAUCGAUGCAUCAGCUGAUGGAGUGACGGCUGUAAUCAAUGAAGGCGAUACAGACACUCGCAAAAGUAAACCUCGGCAAGUGAGAUCCCGUGACAAUACCGGAACCACGGAUCUUUCAAAACCUGCAGAGGCAUGGCCAGAGAAAGACGAUAGCAGGAAAAUGUCCCGCAAUCGUGUAGCUUCAACGUCAUCAACUUCAUCCAUGGCUUCUCAGCCUCCAAAGCGCACGGGUCCAUCAGUGACGAUUAUGAAGCGAGAUGGAACCACGAGCUCAUUCAAUGUGGGAAAGAACGAUGCAACUUGA